CCUCUCUUUCUCUCACUCCCCUCUCUUUCUCACCCCAUCUCUGAUUAGAUAUACCGAUUCCUCGUUCAAUGGACGUCAUUUAGUGCAGAGUCUGCCUUGAGUUGCUUCCUCGCUUCACGCUCGAUUUCCGACCAUUCUUCUCUUAAGCGUUCGUGUAAUAUUAAUAGUCAUGAAUAUCUUCUACUAGGAAUCCACAAGAAGACGCAGCUCAUUGCUACUAUGCGCCUAAGCAAGGGAUCAGCUCACUGACAGAGCGAAGCGAUGGAAAAGGGAUUCAACACACUUUAAUCAGUUAUCCGCAAAAAUCUAACCGCUGCAUUUUAACAGCAAAUGAAGAACACUGGGAAUCUACCCAAACUCUGAUGGAUUAUCGUGGUUCUUCUUCACUUAUUUGAACACUGGUCUGCGUGAUCUCGACGCAGAACACAGUGCUGAGUUUGAUUCGUUUGUUUAUUUUCGCUGUUUUGUCGACACUCGUCUUUCCCAAAUUCUCGCGUUUAAAAACGCUCGGAAAUCUUCGCAGAUGUUAGUGCACAGUUUUUCCGCGAUGGAUCGUCACGACGGCACCAGCAACGGCACAGCCAGGCUACCUCAGCUGGGCAGCGUGGGUCAGUACAGCAGUGCGCCGCCGCUCUCCCACACGCCGAACUCGGACUUCCAGCCGCCCUAUUUCCCGCCGCCCUACCAGCCCAUCUAUCCGCAGUCUCAGGACCCCUACUCGCACGUGAACGAUCCAUACUCCAUAAACUCGCUGCAUGCACAGCCUCAGCCGCAGCAUCCAGCCUGGCCGAGCCAGAGACAGAGCCAAGAAAGUGGCCUGCUGCACCAGCACCGUGGCCUGCCGCACCAACUCUGCAGGGAGUACCGCCGAGAAGUGCUGCUGCCGUCGGCUCACGGCAUUGACACUGGACUCACAGACUCGAUUCCUAUCCAUGGAAUACCUCAUUCUUUAGACGAUGUACAGCACGUUGAAGAUCAAGGAAUUCACAUCCCUGACCAAACCGUAAUCAAGAAAGGUCCAGUUUCGUUAUCCAAGAACAGCAGCAACGUUUCGGCUAUACCAAUAAAUAAGGAUGGCCUUUUUGGCGGGGUGGUGAAUCCAAACGAAGUUUUCUGUUCUGUUCCGGGUCGUCUGUCUCUUCUCAGCUCUACAUCAAAGUACAAGGUCACAGUAGCGGAAGUGCAAAGACGCCUCUCGCCGCCUGAGUGCCUCAACGCCUCCUUGCUUGGUGGGGUGUUGAGAAGGGCAAAAUCUAAAAAUGGUGGAAGAUCACUAAGAGAGAAGCUGGACAAAAUUGGAUUAAAUCUACCGGCAGGAAGACGCAAAGCAGCAAACGUUACUCUGCUGACGUCACUGGUAGAAGGCGAAGCUGUGCAUCUUGCCAGAGAUUUCGGUUAUGUAUGCGAGACCGAAUUCCCAGCCAAGGCAGUAGCUGAAUAUGUAAACCGUCAGCAUUCCGACCCAAAUGAACAAGUCCAAAGAAAAAAUAUGUUACUGGCAACGAAACAAAUCUGCAAAGAAUUCACCGACCUUCUCUCCCAGGACCGCUCGCCUCUGGGGAAUUCACGCCCGCAGCCCAUACUCGAGCCGGGCAUUCAGAGCUGUUUGACUCACUUCAGUCUCAUUUCUCACGGAUUCGGGACGCCGGCCGUGUGCGCGGCCGUCACUGCGCUACAGAACUAUUUGACAGAGGCCAUUAAAGCGAUGGAUAAAAUGUACCUCAACAACAAUCCCAACAGCCACUCCGAGUCCGGCACUAAAGGUGGAGACAAAGACGAAAAGCACAGAAAGUGAUCUGCGACCAUUAGACCACGCACAGAUAUUAUAAACGUAUAUAUAUUACACUAGUGAUAAAAAGGACAAUGUGCCAUUUCCCGGUCUUGACGAUUACCCUGAAAUGUUUAAUUUCUUUAAAAAACCGCAGUUCAGCCUGGGAUUCAUGGAAAGACAAUUUUACCUAAAUGAGAAGAAAAAAAUGUGUUAAUGAGGUGCAGGAACCAAAUCCAGACAGGGGG